AUGUCCGGGUGGCUCUUGGCGCCGUUUGUGGUACAUCACGCCGCACUGAACCGUUUGAUACCUUCGAUGGACAGAGCACCGAUAUCCGGACUGUCACCGAGCGAAUUGGACUACUCGUUCGUCUCGCACACCCUUUCGCAUCCAACAACAGGCGUCAAAGCGACGAUGGCGUUGGCGUAUACUGUGUUGGUUGGCGCUUUUGCCGUUCACGCGACGUACGCCGUACCUGCGCUGCUCAGGUUUGCUAAGAGGUCAUCGUCCAGUGCCGCAAGUCCAGCAAAGCGGACCAGGAGGAGACGCCUCUCGCGAGCGACCAUCUCAAGCUCACUGGCAGGCAUCCUACUGGCAAGCCUGCUAUCCGUCGUACCCCUUCGUCACACCGACAGACUCACGAUUUCGGCUUCACUCAAGGCUCGCUACGACGCAGUGCUUGCAUACGCUUGGCCCACCCACUUCUUCUUCCGCACAUCCUGA